AUGGCGGCGCCAGGACGGGUGUGCAGCGUCUCUCAGCGCUUGGAACGGGCGCUUUCAACUGAGUCGUUCAUCACCGCCAGGACGCCAGGGCCCGUCGUGUCUCCCGUGUCCCUGGAUCUGCGCGUCUCGCCGGGACAGGUUGCGGAGCUGCCCGGCAAGAACCUGUGGGAGCAGAUCUGCGAAGAGUAUGAAGCUGAGCUGCCUCCCUUUCCAGAAGGAUAUAAAGUCAAACAAGAAGCUGUGGUUACUGCGUCGCCAUCAGAGGAAAGGGUUUUCUACGGCUUCAACAUGGAACACCUUUACCCAGCUGCUCCUUUAGCUGUGGUCCCACAAGUGUACUGUCCUCAAGCUAAACAGGAAACAAUCGACCCAGAAACAUGUUCCCCCAAAGAAUAUUUGGAAACAUUCAUCUUUCCAGUUCUGCUUCCCGGAAUGGCUAGCCUGCUUCACCAAGCAAAGAAAGAAAAAUGUUUUGAGAGGAAAAGAACCAAAUUCAUUGCCUGUGAUUUUCUGACCGAAUGGUUAUACAAUCAAAAUCCAAAGAGGACAGGGGAGACAUUCACAGAAUUCUUCUCCAUUCCAUUUGUGGAAGAGUGGCUGAAACUGCAUUUCCCCACCACACCCAACCCACAUUCUUUGCCGAUAUCUCUAGUGAUAACUCUAUUCCAGGCACAGGCCUUCCAUCUAAAUUCUUUUUAG